GAUGGUUCAAAUAAAAAGUUUGGGUUUUUUUCAGUUGGGCAAGAAGUUGCUGUCCAGGGGGCGUGGUCUCAGUGCCGUGGGCGUGUCCACAUUCCAGGAAAGGUAUAAAGCUCGGCUUGACAGGACUUUGUCAAGAAAAGAAAGAAGUGAAAUGUAUUCUCAGCCGAGUUCCACGAUGACGCUCCACAGGCGGGAAAGCUUCGCCUCGUCUCGGCUGUCGAACCGCAGCACGGAGCCCGAAAUCUUCACCUUCGAGCAGAUUCACACCCAAGCCACCGCCGUGCCCUCCUACGUGCCCAUCCGGGCCAAGAAGCGCUGCACCCGGGUCAUGUACCCCGCUAAGGUCCGCAUGCACCUCCCGCCCCCGGAGAAGAGCCCGGCCAAGCGCUGGCUGCUGGUUCUGAUUCUGGUGGUUCUGUGGCAGAUCUACACCGAGGAGCCUUGCGUCGACACGCCGCCGAGCGGCGCCCACGUCCCGGCGGGCGACUACCAGGCCUUCGCCGCCAGGACAGCUGCUCCUGCGGCCGCUACGAGCUACUGCGAGGCGGACGCUCCGGUCGAACCCAGCGCGGUCCACGACCGCACCGGGCCCGCGGGCGGCCAGCAGGGCGCCGGGAACAGCUACAUGGUGGCCCUACUGGUCUACCACAGACUGGGCAGCGACAAGUAAAAGUCUGGACGGGCUCCGCCCUGAAAGCCGACCGACCGAACUCGUGAAGGAGCCGAGAGGACUCCGCGCAACCGCCGAAGGAGCUCCGUGCGCCGGCCUGGUGCCUGCCGGCGGCCCGCGGGGGCCGCGGAGCCCUGAGGUGGAAAAGAGCUGAAAGAACCUUGAAGAAGAAGAAGUCUUAAAGACUCUGAGAAACUUGAAUUGGUCAUUUACUGACUUGCUGCACUCACUGGCCACGAGGCCAACAUGUCGUGUCCUAUUUAUUAACGUUAUUUGCUAUUUAUUCAACACUUGUAAUAAAACACA